AUGCCGCUUCCUCGGAAAUCCCGAAUAACGAAUGGACAAGCAGCCCGACCCGCCGAGGGAUCUCGGCCGGUUCAAGCGGAGCGCAGCCGUCACCCCGACGCCACCCAGCCGUGCGGGGUCCCCAGGCGGCACCCGGGGGAGUCAGAGGAGGGGGCAGCUGCAAGCGGGGCGUCCCACCCGUGCCCGCCGCAACCACGGCGGGGGACCCGACACUCUUCUCGGUGCCCCGAUGGAAAUGUUAUCCCCAGCUCCUCCUGCCCGCUCCCCGGCCGCACCUGGGGAAGCGGGGACAAUACGAGCCCCCCCCCGCCCCCCCCCCCCCCAAGGCAGGCAGGCAGGGCGGGAGCCGGUCCCCGUCCAACAUUGUGCCGCCCUCCUCCCCGCACGGCGCCGGGCCGCAAACUCGCAACUCCCGCCUGCCCGCCCGCCCGCGCCCCCCGGGCCCCGCGCGCCCCUGCCCCCGCCGAACUUCCCGCCGCAGGGAAGGGGGGCUCCGCGGGCGCUGACGUCACGCCGGGAGCGCGGCGGGGGGUGUCCCCGCCCCGGGACCCCCGCGGCGGGCGCGGAGCCUCGCGCGACCCCCGCCCCCCCGUUCCGGAGGGAAAAGGCGCUGCGCCGCCGUCCAGCGCAGCCGAGCCCCGGGCGGGCAGCGCCCCCCGGCGUUGCCGGAGCGCUCCCAGCUGCGGCCGGGACCCCCGCCCCGCCGAGCCCCCGUGCCCCGCGGCGCUGUCCCGGCUCCUUCCCGGCCCCUCGCAGUAUCCACGCCGGAGCAGGGACCGCUGGGGACCCUUCCCCAGCGCCGCCGGGGUUAAUCGCACUCUCGUCCCUCCUGCCCCCCCCAACUUUGGUGUUUCUCCCCCCCGCGCCGUCUCGCUCCCCAUCCCGACAGACGGACCGGAGGGCUAA